AGUGGCAGUUAAAAAGGAGAAAGAGAGAAGGCGUGUGAGGAAUGAGGAAAGAGUGUGAAAAGUGAAGAUUGGUAAUUGGUAAUUGGUAAUGGAAUGGCAGUGGGAGAUUGGAUAAAUUGAUUGAAUUAGUUACUUGAAAUAUGAAUAGGAAUAUCCUUGAAAAGCAGAGGUGGGGACUGACAGUCACAGAGUGGAAUUAUAGAAUAGAAAGAUAGGGAAGGGCAGAGAGACAGUAAUAAUAAUAGGAGCGAUGCCUUUUCAGUUGUGUCUGUGUUAGAUCCAAUCUCAAUUCUCAAUUCUCAAUUCUCAAUUCUCAAUUCUCAAUUCUCAAUUCUCAAUUCAACCCUAAGCCUAACCUCUCCUACUGGCUACUGGACAACCACGAAUCAGAUGGAGGAUAUCUCCAAAUACGCGCACAGUCCUGCACACCUAGCAGUGGCCAGGCGCGACCACGCCGCCCUGCGCCACCUCGUUUCCACCGUCCCUCGCCUCGCCAGGCCCGGCGAGGUCAACACCGAGGCUGAAUCGCUCGCCGCGGAGCUCAAAGCCGACCAGCUCUCCGCGCUCAUCGACCGCCGCGACGUUCCGGGAAGGGAGACGCCUCUCCACCUCGCGGUGCGUCUCAGGGACGCCAUCUCCGCCGAGAUUCUCAUGUGCGCCGGCGCGGAUUGGAGCCUCCAGAACGACAACGGCUGGAGCGCGCUCCAAGAAGCGGUGUGCACGAGAGAGGAAGCCAUCGCCGUCAUCAUCGCGCGCCACUACCAACCUCUCGCUUGGGCCAAGUGGUGCCGGAGGCUCCCCCGCAUCGUCGCUUCCGCCGCACGAAUCCGCGACUUCUACAUGGAGAUAUCCUUCCAUUUUGAAAGCUCCGUCAUUCCCUUCAUUGGCCGCAUUGCCCCUUCCGACACCUACCGCAUUUGGAAGCGCGGUUCUAACCUCCGCGCCGACAUGACCCUCGCCGGCUUCGACGGCUUCCGCAUACAGCGCUCCGACCAAACGUUUCUCUUCCUCGGCGAGGGUUAUGAUUCCGAGGAUGGGAAUUUAACCCUCCCACCGGGUUCUCUGCUUGCGCUUGCUCACAAGGAGAGGGAAGUCACCAAUGCUUUGGAGGGAGCUGGUACGAAGCCUACGGAAGCUGAAGUCAAUCAUGAGGUUUCUUUGAUGUCUCAGACCAAUAUGUAUAGGCCUGGCAUUGAUGUGACUCAGGCGGAGCUUGUUCCCCAUUUGAAUUGGCGGCGCCAGGAGAAGACCGAGAUGGUGGGGAAUUGGAAGGCCAAGGUUUAUGACAUGCUUCAUGUGAUGGUCAGUGUCAAGUCCCGCAGGGUUCCCGGUGCCAUGACUGAUGAGGAGCUUUUUGCUGUGGACGAUGGGGAGAGUGUGGCCAAUGGAGACAACAAUGAUGAGUAUGAUGAUGUGUUGACUGCCGAGGAGAGAAUGCAGUUGGAUUCCGCGCUGCGGAUGGGGAAUUCUGAUGGCAUUUGUCAGGAUGAGGAGCCUGGAGGGGGGUUUGAUGGGCUUGAGAAUGGUUCCUAUCAGAGCCGUGAAGCCAAUGGUGUGGUUAAUAAGGAAAAGAAGGGCUGGUUUGGUUGGAAUAAGAAAAACUUCAAGGGCAGCGGCGAUGAGCCGGAGGAUUUGAAAACGGCGAAGAAGUUUUCGGGUGAUCAGCCGAAGGCACAAGUUGAGUUUGUGAAGGAGGAUCCUGGAGAAAUGAAGAGGGGAAAGGAUAAAAACUUUAGAAGGAAAAAGAAGAAAGGAGCAAUUAAUGAGUCUAAGAAUGAGAGUGAGUAUAAGAAGGGGUUAAGACCAGUCUUGUGGUUGACACCAGAUUUUCCUUUGAAAACAGAUGAGCUUCUGCCUCUACUUGACAUCUUAGCAAACAAGGUUAAGGCCAUUAGGAGACUCAGAGAACUUUUGACAACUAAACUUCCUCAAGGAACAUUUCCUGUUAAGGUAGCUAUCCCUAUAGUCCCUACGAUACGGGUCCUCGUUACUUUUACAAAAUUUGAGGAGCUUCAGCCAGCAGAGGAGUUUUCAACACCACUCUCCAGCCCAGCAUACUUCCAGGAUGCCAAAUCCAAGGAAUCCGAAGGGUCUACAUCGUGGAUUUCAUGGAUGAAAGGAAGUCGUGGUACGCAGUCUAGUGAUUUUGACAGUCAUAGAUAUAAGGAUGAAGUCGACCCUUUCAGUAUACCUUCAGACUACAAGUGGGUAGAUGCUAAUGAGAGGAAACGCCGUAUGAAGGCCAAGAGAGCCAAAAAUAAGAAACAUAAGAAGCAGACAGCUGCUAAAGGAGGAGAUGGAGUACAACUAGGGAGUGAGGAUGUGGAAGAAUACUAAUAGCAUGGUAUCUCUGUAAUUGCUGCUUUGAGAAUCGUUGUCAGAGAGAAAGUGUAAGAGUCGUUAUGCACAGCUGACUUUACUUUUCACAUCGGAUGAUCUAGCCAAGAAUUUACUGGAAACUUUCUGGGCGAUCGAUUGUUACUCUUCAAGAAAAGGGUGCCACUAUGUUUUUCCCCUUUCGCGAUGUUGGAUUAUGACAAGUUUUUGUCAUCUGGAAAUAAUUGUAUUGUCAUUUGAAGAGAAAACGUAGAGAAAGAGUCUAUGUGGCCUUCAAUUUCUUGGCUUCAUUCUGAUUUUGCCCAAGAUACCUAUAUUUGUAUGUACAUCUAUAUCUCUGAUUAUUGAUUUUGCAUUUUUGUGAGUGGAA